CUUUCUUUGGUAGACCCUCCAUGCUGCCCCGUCACAUGCAGAGGCUGGGCAGAGACUGGAUCACCCACUGGAAUGGUUCUCAGAUACUCACCUUGAAUAGCCCAGUUUCCAGCUGCAUGAGAUGGGCUGGGCACUAUCCCUGGGCCUCGUUUCCACUUCCUGUUCCAGUUGAUUUCUCAGCAAACUGGAGACUCCCUCCGUUUUUUGGACCUUGGAGACAAUUUCAGAACUCUAAUUGGCAGCUUGACAAUUUCACACAAAGUUCUUGCUUUCACCUACCUAACCCCAGUAUGAAAUCUGAGGGAGAAGAACCAUUGACAAAGAAGAGAAGACUCAGUGGCCAGCAUGAUACUUCAACUCCUGAAGAAGAGACAAACUUCUCUAAUCAGAAGGAAGCAUUGUGUCUUUCUGUAGCACAGAAUGAAGAAAAACAUAGCAGGAAGAAAGGAACCGUCAAAAGACACUGGGAGUAUUUCUGCCAGCACAGUAGAACAAUGCAAAUCUUUGAAAAUAAACAAACUGACCAAAGCAAUACAGAAAGUGAGGCAAAAUUUGAUUUUACAGUCAUGUCCUACAAUAUCCUCUCACAGAAUUUGUUAGAAGAUAACUCGCACCUGUACAAACACUGCAGGCAACGGUUGUUAAUCUGGACAUACAGAUUUCCCAACAUUCUGCAAGAAAUCAAACAGCUGGAUGCAGAUGUACUCUGUUUACAAGAAGUCCAAGAAGACCACUAUAGAACAGAGAUCAAGUCAAGUUUGGAAUCCCUGGGGUAUCACUGUGAGUAUAAAAUGAGGACAGGGAGAAAACCUGAUGGCUGUGCUAUUUGCUUCAAAGCUUCAAAAUUUAGCCUGAUUUCAUCAACCCCCGUGGAAUUUUUUCGUCAUGAUAUUCCUCUCUUGGACAGGGACAACGUUGGAUUGGUGUUGCUUUUGCAGCCUAGAUUUCACUGUAAAACUAAUGCUGCGAUCUGUAUAGCCAAUACACAUCUGCUGUACAACCCAAGGCGAGGGGACAUCAAACUGACCCAACUUGCAAUGCUCCUGGCAGAGAUUGCUAGUGUUGCCUCUCAGAAGGAUGGUACCUUCUGUCCAAUUAUCAUCUGUGGUGACUUCAAUUCUGUUCCUGGUUCUCCAUUGUACAGAUUUAUAAAGGAAGGAAAGUUAAAUUAUGAAGGACUUGCUAUAGGGAAGGUCUCUGGACAAGAACAGUUUCCAAGGGGACAAAGAAUCUUAUCUAUUCCAAUUUGGCCAAAAAAAUUAGGUAUUUCACAAAACUGUGUAUAUGAAAUAAAACAGCAACAAAAUGAAGAAAAUGCAGGAGAAAAAUUGGAAGCAGCAAAACUGGACAACACUCAGGAGAUUGUAAUAGCAUCUGAAAAGUUGUCUUCAAAAUUGCAGCACCAUUUUAAAUUGUCUUCAGUGUAUUCUCAUUACUUUCCUGAAACUGGGAUACCAGAAGUAACGACUUGUCACUCCCGAAGUGCUGUCACUGUGGAUUAUAUUUUCUAUUCUGCAGCAAACAAUGAUACUACUGCCCAGCCAG